AUGAAUAGAGGAGGAUUAAUCUCAAGAUCAUAAAUUUCUAUUAGUAAUACAGAUAGUUGUUUACGAGAUAAUGCUUACAUAGUAUAUGGAAAUUUUGGAUAUACAGGGGGCCUGAUUGGAGCUUCAAUAAUUAUUGAUUUAUAACAAACUUAUGAAUUAAAUACUUUUAAAAUAUGGUUUUAUGAUUUAGAUGACAGAUUGUACACAAUUAGGGUUUAUGUAAUAUACAAUAAUAUUGAAAAAAUUAUUUAUCAAAGUAGUCAUGGAUAAUCAAUAACCACUAUUACAUUUCCAGAUUAGUAGGUUAAAAAAUUCAAAAUAUUAAAUGUAAAUGGCAAUACUUACAAUAUUGGACUCAACGUCCUCAAAGUAGAAGCCUACUUUAGAAUCUAAAAAAAUGUGUGA